AAGCUCACAUUCACAUCGCACUCUCCUCCAGCCUCCAGGCUUGGCAAGCGUGCUUCACAUGACCACAUCCAUGUCGAACAGCGCCGCUAGCGAGAAGCAAUCGCAGCAGGCAGGCCACAGGCAGCGGCCCCCGGCGGCGUCGGCCGCGGACGCGGAGAUGCAGAGGGUGUUCUGCCGCAUCGACGCGGACGGCGACGGCCGGAUCUCCGCCUCGGAGCUGGCCGCGGUGACGCGCGCCAUCUCCCCGCCAGCGAGCUCCUCGCACGGGCGCCGCGAGGUGGCCGCCAUGAUGGACGAGCUGGACACGGACCGCGACGGCUUCGUGGACCUCGGCGAGUUCAGGGCGUUCCACGCGCGCGGCGGCGGCGGCGUGGACGACGACGCCGAGCUCCGCGCCGCCUUCGACGUCUACGACGUCGACGGCGACGGCCGCGUCACGGCGGCCGAGCUGGGCAAGGUGCUCGCGCGCAUCGGCGAGGGCGGAUGCAGCGCCGAGGAGUGCGAGCGGAUGGUCGCCGGCGUCGACGCCGACGGCUGCGUCGGGUUCGAGGACUUCAAGAAGAUGAUGUGCCCCCAGCCGCAAGCCGAAGCCGGCGCCGCCGGGCGGGACAAGGCAGAGGCCGAGGCCGAGGACAAGGAGGAGUGACGGGUGUAGUCAGGGGGGAACGGGAACGGCUGGAGUUGUUUGCGUCUCGCGUUCUUUUCACCUGUACGCAGGAAAUACUCCUCCUGCAUAAGACU